CAUCAACAUUACAACAUACAUAUACUUGCUCUUUAAAUAGAGUGGCUUCAUGCACAAUAGUUUCAUCAUAAUCCAAUCACAAGAAAAAGAAGAAAACCCUUGGCUUAUAGAAGUUAUAAAUAAAUAAAAAGAAGCGUUCUGUCCCCAACACAUUUAAUGAUCAAUGAUGAUAGGGUACGGGUAUAGUGAUGAUUCUCACGACAAUCUAGUUGGCCGGCGGCCGGCGGCCGGAGAUGACGAAUAUCUCAACAAGCAAAGCCAACCACUACCAUUCACGGCCGCCGCCGGCGGCGGCCCACGGUCAACCUUCACAAGGAACCACUACUCCCCUGAUAAUUACUACGACGGGGAAGGCUCAAACAACUACUACACCAUGAAGGCUGAAACCGUCGUCGCCCGACCCGUGGUCAACCAUCAAUUUUUCAUUGACGGUGUGCCCGUGAACGUUAGACGACCGGCAGGUGUGAGUAAUGACGGUUGUGCCCCCGAAGAGGAUAUAGAAGAUACCUUCAAUAGAUUCCGUGUGGCGGCGAUAGCCGCCGUAAAGGCUGGCCCGUCUUUCGGUGACUCGACGCCCUCAACUACCACCAAUAAGCCGAUGACAUGGGGGAGGAGGUCCUCGUGGAAGACCGCCGAUGAAGACUCUCCUCCUCCCGCCGGUGGUCGCCGUAACGGCGGUCAAGAAUCGAGCCGUCCGAAUUGGCCUUCUGGGCCGAGGCCCAAUACCGGCGAUGGCCCAUCCUACGCUUCUGGUAAGCCGGUUGAAGUUGACUCCCCUCCUAGAAAUAUUGACAUUCAACGUCGUCAUAACGGCAGUCAAGAACCGAUCCGUUCGAGCCACUCCGCUGGGCCGCGGCCCACCUGGCAGAGUACCCGCGGCGGUUCAUCAGCAGUUACAGAGGAGGAUGAAGGUGAAGCUAAAGUCAAAGCUGGCGUUGACUAUGACACUCCCGCACAUAUUGAGAAAGGCGAGGACCAGAGAUAUACUUCCGUCCAGCCGCCGCUCAAACAGCUCGAAAGGUUGACCAUCAACGACCGCCAGAGGCCGUUGACCAAAUCCGAUAAUGGGUCCGGGGAGAACAGAGGUAAUCAGGCGACGGCGGCGGCGGAUAACAAAGAUCCAACAAAGAAAUCUGACGGCGGAGACGGCGGUGGCGGGAAAUUACCAUGGAGCAGUGGGAAGCAAAAUUACGGAUGGGGCAUGGGCUCCGGCAGCCGGAAGCCGGCUGCUCCAUCUCCGAAGCGAUACGGUGGGUUUGGCUAUAACUCUGCCGCCGCAAAUUGGUGGGGUAAGAUAGCUCCAGUCUCUUCAGUACAGCAGCAGGGAGGCUAUAUUAAUGUGAUGGACAGCAAUGAAGCAAGGAGGCGGUAUGGGAAUCUCCGGCCAGCUGCACCGGCGGCGAUGGGAUACUACAAUGGUGUGGGAUCGGUCAUUACCAGUGAUGAAGCUGUGAGGAAGUAUGGCGGCUUCUACCUCCCUAAUCGGUAUUAACAAAUAACAAGACCGGUCAGGCAAGGAAGACAGAAGG